AUGGCUCCCUCUGUCGCACAAAUCCCGGAGGAAUCCAUCUCGGCAAAGGGGGGAUUUUAUGGUCAACUCAAGUCCACUGUCGAUUCCAAGGAAGGACUAGAGAAGACGAUCCGUGAUCAUGAGUUGGUGCCCCUUUGGAACACUGGUGCACCUCCUAGCGCUCCAAUCCCCCAUAGCAAGCAUAUUCCUGCUGUGUGGAAGUAUGAAGAGACAAAGAGUCUGCUACUGAGGGCAGCAGACCUGGUAGAUGCCAACGAGGCUGAGAGAAGGGCUGUCCUGAUGAUCAACCCCGGUCCAAAGCAACCACCAUUCACUUUGGAUACCUUGCUGGCGGCUCACCAACUCAUUAUCCCGGGCGAACAGGCAAUAUGCCACAGACACACGCCGUUUGCUGUACGAUUCCUGAUAGAAGGUGACUCGGGGUACACUGCCAUAUCGGGAAAGAAAAUGUUCAUGAAGCCUGGCGACCUAAUCAUCACUCCAGUUUGGAACUGGCAUGAUCACGGCAACGAGGGGCAGAAUAAUGUCAUCUGGCUAGACGGCCUAAACAUUCCUCUCUUCAAGCACAUUCCCGUUGAUUUUACGGAGCAUUACGAUGAAGAAUACGGUGCGACUACUCACGAAUCCAAGGUAGUUCCAGAUGCAGAAGCGACAGACAUGAAAUUUCCAUGGACAAGUAUGCAAAGCAAGCUUGAUACUUCCGGAGGAAGCUUUGCAAGCAUGGAAUAUCUUUUGCCGAAUGGAAAGUCGGUAUCAACGACAAUUGGUGCAUAUGCGACUCGCGUGGCUGCUGGUCAGGCAUCGCCUCCAGUCCAGGAGACUGCCAGCUACAUCUUUCAAGUACACGCUGGUCGGGGCUAUACAGAGGUCUUUGCUCCUGACGGAGAAAAGUAUACACUACGUUGGACCAAGAGUGAUAGUUUCUGCAUUCCUUCGUGGUAUCGGUUCCAGAUAUUUGCGGAAGAGGAAGACGUGUACUUGUUUAGUUUCUCGGACAAGCCAAUGCAAGUGGCGCUCGGGUUCUGGAGAUCACGGGCUUGA